UAGCCGUUACAUCAAAUCCUCCGCCACCAGUUAUCUGCCUCUAAUUGUAAUCCUUCAAGAUCCUUAAGAACAUUGCCAUUAUUGCUCCAGAUUUUCUCAUUUUCACUCUAGUUUUCUGAAUCGGCGCUACAAACCCACCAUCCAACUAUCGCAGAAAUUCAUGGCCGUGCCUUCAAACAAAUCAUCCUCCUCGGCAACGAUUUCAAGCAGGGAAAAUCACAACUCAAGAAACUCGGAGAUUAGCAAUCCCAUCAGAAGGAGUUUCGGUGGGAACCCAUUUACGAAACCCUCAAUUGUUGCCAACCAGAGAGUCUCCAAUCCGAAUACUCAGGCUAAUAGUCCUUCUGAGUUUCAGCAAAUCAGCUCGAUGGGUAGAGAAAGCGUAGCCUCUUUGCGAGGUUGCGAGGACAAAGAAAACCCAAAAGACCAGAAUGCGAAAGUAGGGAUUGUCCGAUCCCCAGCUUCUUCGAAAGGCACAAAGAAUUUUAUGUCUCCGACGAUAUCGGCGGCUUCAAAGAUCACCGCGUCUCCAAGGAAGAAGAUACUGGGUGAGAGGAACGAGCCUGCUCGGACUUCCCUUUCGUUCUCCAACGAGAAGAAUCCGUUCCGGUCAGUGAGAUUCUCGGACGUAGUGGAAGAUAUCGAUGCUAAGGAAGAUCCUGGUUUGCAAGAGAACAAGACUGAAGCUGCGGAUGACGAGAAAGCACCUAUUACAGCUUCUUCAAUUCAAGAAGCUUUGAGAUGCGAGGAAGUCUUUGAUUCUGAGGUGCCUUUGACUUCCAAGAUUGAAUCGAAAUCGUUACCGGAUGAACCUGAUUGUGUUAAUAUUGACCCGACUUUUAAGAUUAGCCCUACUUCUUCGUGUUCGUGGUCGUGUCCAACUGUAGCGCCUCUUGAUGCGGACCCUUCAAUGCCUCCUUAUGAUCCUAAAGCCAAUUACCUCUCGCCAAGGCCUCAGUUCCUGCAUUACAGACCGAAUCCUCGAAUCGAGCUUUAUCUCAACAAGGAAAGUGAUGGCAGACGACUCGAAGAAAGCUUUUCUGACACUGAAGUUACAGAAGAAACACAGUCCGAUGAUUCCCAGAGAGAAAACGAGGAUGUCUCUUCAGGUGAUCUAUCGAAAGAAGAAGAGCAAGAAGAGGUCCGAGUUUCUGAACCAAGCUCCUUCAGUACUUAUAUGUCAAAAAAGAUUAUUGAAGCAAAAGGGGGAUCAAAGCUUCCGUUGUUUUCGAGAUCGAAGUGCAUCGGGCUGUUCUUGCUUCUCUCGCUUGCUUGCUUAUCAAUCUCAGUUACUAAUUCUCCAGUCAUUGAGCCCUCUGUGCUUAAAGUGUCUAGCUUCUUUAAGAUUAAUGACUCGUAUGAAAUUGCUGAAUUAGCAAAAGCAAAUUUUGAUGGUUUAGCUCGAAAUGUCUGGCUGUGGUAUGCUAACACCAUUUCCGUUGUCUCCAAGCGCAUGCAACAUUUCAGAGCAGUGCAUAUUUCAGGUCCCUUGCAUUAUUGUAACUUGACCACGUUGUCAGAGGAUAUUCGCGUUGACGGGUAUCUUAUGUUUGAUCACAGUCAUAAAGGAGGACGACGGAAGUCUGAACACAAUGUGCUGGGACCGAUGAGGGAGACGAAAGUAGACAGUGAACCACCGGAAGAGGAGGGUCAGCCUGAGCCUGAAGCAGAUGAGAACAUUGUAGAGGCUUCAGGACAGCAUGACAAGGAUUAUGAAGGAGAAGUAAGCCAAGAGACGGAAGAGGUCUCAGAAGAACAUAGUACUACAGAAUCUGAUGAAGUGCUUCUGGCUCUUGAGGCCGAGGUUACUGAAACAGAUAAUUUAGAAGCAAAGGAGACCCAGGAAGUAGUUUUGAUUGCUGGUAACCUUUGCAGCCAGGAGCAAAGUAACGUAAACUACGAGGAACAGCCAGUUGUGGUUCCGACGGCAGACGAAAUUCAACCUGAAGUUUCUGAAGCUGGCGAAUUACAAGGUGAAAGUGAGAUUGCCUUCACCAAAAUCGAGUCAGCCAAAGAUGGUGUCGAUCCUGAAAGCUCAGAAUUGGGUGCUUUAGCCGAAAAUAUACGUAGUUCAGAAGUUUGCGAGUCUACAGUUUACGUGACAAAAGAUGGAUUUUUGAGAGCCAACUUGCUGGGAAUUGCUCUGCUGGUUUUGAUGCUUAUUGCAGCUACAGCUUUCAUCUAUAUGAUGAAAGAUGGAAACACAACCCCCGUUACUGCUGUCAACGUGGAGCAACCACUGCUGACAAAAAAAUUGGAUUUCAGUCCAAUAUGUAGAACAGAGCAGAUAUUCCUUUCUUCUCGGAAUUGGCCGACUGAGAUGGACGUGGAUGGAGAAUCAUGUCCUUCGGAAAUGAGCAGCUUUCAGACAAUCUCAUCUUACAGCAAGAAAGGAUUCGAGGCGUCAAGUGAAGCUCAGAGCCAGGAGAGGAGGAAGCCAGGGAAGAACCAUAAGAGAGACUCAAUUGCGACUUCCUCAGGCUAUUCCAUGGGCUCGCCUUCUUACGGCAGUUUUACCACCUACGAGAAGAUUCCGAGCAAGCAUGGACUCAGUGAAGACGAGGAGACAAUUACUCCUGUUAGGCGCUCCAGUAGAAUCAGAAACAAAGUCACCUCCCCAUGAUCAUGACCAAGUUCUAUCCUACUUUUCUACUUCUCUCCAGUAGGAAUGGGGCAACUAACUAUUUGCUUUUUCUUAACUUGAUUAAUUGUAAAACUUGUAAGCGGUACCUCCACUGAUCGAUCAGUAAUUUCUGUUGCUAAUCUCAGAUCCUUCUGAUUUUCAAUUUCACUUUAAUCUGAUGCCCUUCUGCCAACUGCCAAAAACUUCUCCGUCUCUCCACCGCUCUUCUCCUCUUGAUAUUGUCCAUUGAUCAUGCAAAAAGCACACCUUCUUUCCUGAAACAUUUAAGAAAAGCCUUUUUAUU